GUGACAUGUUGUGACUGGCUGGAUUUGGGGGCCAGACAGGGUUGUGGUUAUGCAACUAGGCCAGCCUUGCUUCUCCACGCACCAUGCAGUUCUUUGUUCUCCAGUGCUGGCUAGGUUCAAAGGGGUCACUACAGCAGCUUGCUAAGCCUCUAUCAUCCAAUCUGGUUCUGUUCUGUCCAAUCCCAGUAAAUUAUACUUAACUGCCCACUUCUUCCAACUGCGCCACAUUGGAGAGCCAGUAGAUAAUCGCCCCGGUUGAUAAACCCACCGACAACCCCCCAAAAUCACCUGGCAGGCUUGAGAGUUUCCAACCUCGCCAUCAUCUUUACCCUCCAUUUGUGUGCUCUCGAAAAAAUCGCCUCCCGAAACUACAAUCACCAUGGCAUCAUCCAAGCCCGUGAUUCUCCUGAUCCCCGGGGCCUGGCACUGUCCCGCCUCGUACCAAGGACUAGUGGGUCUUCUCCAGUCCUCUGGACACGAAGUCCAUGUGCACGAUCUGCCCUCGAUGAACGGCUCUCGGCCACCAACGGCAGACCUCGAGACUGACACGGCUGAAUUUCGCGAACACACCAAGCGUCUUGCCGAAGCCGGCCGGUCUGUUGUCGUCAUCGUCCAUUCUUAUAGUGGCCAAGUCGCGAGCAAUGCCCUUCAUGGUCUUGGAUUCGACCAACUUGCUGGAAAGGGGGGGGUUGUCCGUAUCAUUUCUCUGUGCGCCUUCACGGUUCGUGAAGGCGUCAGCAUGAUCGACGUGGUGGAGCGAUUUGGCCAUGGAAACCUCAUGCCGCUGGCAUUUGAUUUCGCGGACGAUAAAACCGUUCUCAGCCAGAGCCCAAAGGCUCUCCUCGUCACCCCAGCCCCGAACAUCGAUGAUGCGGAGGUGGAGAAACACAUCUCCUCCUUUUCCCGGUGGAACGGCAACUGCAUGUAUCAGCCACUCACUACCACGCGUGUGGCCUGGAGGGACAUUCCGGUCACCUAUGUCUACGCCACUGGGGACAUGACGGUUCCGUUCGAAUACCAGAGGUGGAUGGUGGAGACCAUGCGGGGCGAGGGCGCGGAGGUUGAGACUUUCGAACUGGAAUCGGGACAUUCGCCUGCUUUCACAAACACUCGGGAGGUGGUGGAGAUUAUUAACACGGUCAUGGCGCGGUAUUAGUAAAACUUUUCAACGUUUUUUUUUUUUUUUUU